AUGGUCGGUAUCUGGCCAGUGUCUUGCGCACAGGUUCCCGAGGACCAAGUAGGUCUGAGGUUCCUACUGGGCGAGAGGAAAUCGGAAAUGCAGAAUUUCGCUGCUACAAAUAAUCUCGAACAAGUGAUGGAAGAGUUCUUCAGUGCAUGGCCUGAAGAAUGGACGUCUAUGAAGCCGAAAGCAGCAAAUCAAUUGAGAGUCAUAUACGGGGGCGGGGUGAGACCGGGAACGACACAACUGAGCAGUCUGGUCAAUGGGGGUUCUACAGCCAUUAUGCACCUGCACGUUGCUCCGGAAGGCCUUCCAGAGGCAGCGACGUCAAGUAUGUCUAAGAGUGUAGUAUGUUGA